UUCCUCUUGUCCCGGAACGAGCAUGCCUACCCUUUGCAGGCAAGUUUGGGUCUCUCACGCAGAGGAAACCAAAAGUAGUGAGAGGGAGGGAAAGCAGAGCGGGCCAAUCAGGGGCAGGGUGAGGCUCAAAACCAGCAGGCUCCCCAGGGAACCCCACCGAGGCCGGAGCCAUGGCGGAGCUGCAGCAGCUGCAGGAGUUUGACAUCCCCACGGGCCGGGAGGCUCUGCGGGGCAACCACAGCGCCCUGCUGCGGGUGGCCAACUACUGCGAGGAUAACUACGUGCAGGCCACAGACAAGCGGAAGGCAUUAGAAGAGACCAUGGCUUUCACCACCCAGGCCCUGGCCAGUGUGGCCUACCAAGUGGGUAACCUGGCUGGGCAUACUCUUCGAAUGCUGGACCUACAGGGCGCUGCCCUGCGGCAGGUAGAAGCCAAGAUCAGCACGCUGAGCCAGAUGGUGAACAUGCAUAUGGAAAAGGUGGCCAGAAGGGAGAUUGGCACCUUGGCUACCGUCAUGCGGCUGCCUCCUGGCCAGAAGGUCAUCCCUCCCGAGAGCCUACCUCCCCUCACUCCCUACCACAGAAGACCCCUCAACUUUGGCUGCUUGGAUGACGUUGGCCAUGGAAUCAAGGACUUGAGCACGCAGCUGUCGCGGACCGGGACCCUGUCUCGCAAGAGCAUCAAGGCACCUGCUACACCUGCUUCCGCCACGCUGGGGAGACCACCCCGGAUCCCCGAGCCGGUGCAGCUGCCCUCCGUGCCCGACGGCAAGCUCUCCGCUGCCUCCUCCGCGUCUUCCUUGGCCUCGGCGGGCAGUGCGGAAGGUGCCGGUGGGAUCCCCCAAUCCAAGGGACAGGCAGCACCUGCCACCCCGCCCCCUCCACCUCUAGCUCCUGCCACCCCGCCCCCUCCACCUCUAGCACUGGCAACCCCGCCUCCUCCAGCAGCCUCCGCUGAGGUCUUCUUACCGCCUCCUCCGCUGGACGUGUCCCAGUCCCCUCCAGAAGCAGAGCUGCCCCUGCCCCCUCCUCCAGCUCUGGAGGGGGAUGAACUGGGGCUGCUGCCUCCGCCCCCACCAGGUUUUGGACCAGAUGAGCCCAGCUGGGUCCCUGCUGCCUACUUGGAGAAAGUGGUGACAUUAUACCCAUACACCCGCCAGAAGGACAACGAGCUCUCCUUCUCCGAGGGCACCGUCAUCUGCGUCACACGCCGCUACUCCGACGGCUGGUGUGAGGGGGUCAGCUCAGAGGGCGCUGGAUUCUUCCCAGGGAACUACGUGGAGCCCAGCUGCUGACAGAUCCGUCCCUGCACCAACCCAGCACUGCCUCAGUGGGCCUCCUGAGUCCCAAGAAGCCAGCUCCGCAGCCAAGGCUGGACUAAGGACCUGUCUACCUCUUGGGCUGUGAAUGGUGUUCGGUCCCUGCUCCACACAGCAGUGGGGAAGUGUGUGUCUGGGGU